UAAGGUGAAAAAGAAAAUAAAGGCUUUCUUGUUUUUGAAUGGUAAAAAACUAAAAAUAGUAAAGAAGCAAUAUGUGUGGUGGUGACGCGCUACAUGGCGUGUAUCCAUACCAUUGCAGCAAUUUUCAGUCUUAGCGGUAACAGGAAAAGGUGCUGUGAGUUCUAUCUAUGGCUGGCCUUUGAAACACAAUUAAAUAAAAAUGGCUAUUUCUCUAAACCCCUUCAUCAGCUUCACCUCAACGAAGUUGGAAACAAAGUAUCACGAUGCAUCGAGGUAUUCAGUAGGAGCAUCUUUCCCAAAGGCCACUCAUAUUACACCCUUCUUGGUAACGUCUGGAUCGAGAAUGUUUGUCAAGGAGAAAAGAUUUGGUCACUGUUUUUCAGUUGCAGAUAGUGAUCAGCUUUCAGCAGCAGGUGCCAGUAAUAAGGAUAUCGGCAGUGUUGAAAAUUCACCUGCCAAUGAUCAGUUAAUAUCCAAGAGUCCUCCAGAUGAAACUUUGAAAUUGCAAGCUCAAGUUAAUGCCAAGUCAGAAUCACAGACACCAGAGGGUUCCAAUGGGUCAAUUAACCAAGAGCAAGGAUCUGCAGCAUCUCCUAAGUCACAAUCUCCAGCCACGAGAUCGUCUCAGAAAGUGAGAGAGAGGAUAAAAGCGGCUCGAGUUCUCAACCAGUUCAAGGAACCAAAAACAUCUAAAUCGGAAAAGGGCAGUAGUGUGUUGGAUGCUUUUAAAGAAAGCGAUAGAGGGAAGAAGAAGAAAAGAUCUGGACUUCCAGAAGCCCCGAGUAAUUUGUUUGACGAUAGCAAACGAGGGAUGCCAAAGGCAGGUUUGACUUUUAGUUUUCCUGGGGGUUCUGAUCUCUUUCUGAUUAUCUUUUCAUUUGUUUUUAUCAGCACGGUGAUGUUUGGAACAACUUACAUUGUUUGGAAAGUUGGUGCAAUCCAUUUUAAUGAUUAAUGAGAUGAGAUUUCAAGAAUUCACUACAUUUAUAGAAUAGCUGAUUUAUAUAUUUGGACAAGCUCAGUUUCUUUUCUUUUUUAAUCUAUUUUUUUUGUUAUUAUUUUGUAAGGUGAGAUUUGAUUCAGUGGGGAUGUCCAUGUGAAUAUGAUAUAUUUAAUAAUGCAAAAUAUUUACUCUUGGGGAAGUGUCUAA